AUAGUACUGCAGCCUCUGCCAUAGCAGGAGAGAGAGAGGAGGAGGAGGAGCAGAGAGGGGAGAGUGAGGAUGGCAUCGGAGAAGGUGGAGACGAUCGUGGCGGGGAACUACGUGGAGAUGGAGAGAGAAGGGGGCGACGGCGAGCAUCAGGCAGGGGCCGGGGUAGACGGCGGAGAGGGCGGCGGCGCGGCGCCGUCGGGGAGGAGCAAGCUGGUGUCGAGCCUCUUCUGGCACGGCGGCUCGGCCUACGACGCGUGGUUCAGCUGCUCCUCCAACCAGGUGGCGCAGGUGCUGCUGACGCUGCCCUACUCCUUCUCCCAGCUCGGGAUGGCGAGCGGCAUCGCGCUGCAGCUCUUCUACGGGCUCAUGGGGAGCUGGACGGCGUACCUCAUCAGCGUGCUGUACGUGGAGUACCGGACGCGCAAGGAGCGGGACAAGGCGGACUUCCGGGGCCACGUCAUCCAGUGGUUCGAGGUCCUGGACGGCCUCCUCGGCGCGCACUGGCGCAACGCCGGCCUCUUCUUCAACUGCACCUUCCUCCUCUUCGGCUCCGUCAUCCAGCUCAUCGCCUGCGCCAGCAACAUCUACUACAUCAACGACUCCAUGGACAAGCGGACGUGGACCUACAUCUUCGGCGCCUGCUGCGCCACCACCGUCUUCAUCCCCUCCUUCCACAACUACCGGAUGUGGUCCUUCCUCGGCCUCCUCAUGACCACCUACACCGCCUGGUACCUCACCGCCGCCGCCCUCGUCCACGGCAGGCUGGAGGGGGUCACCCACUCCGCGCCGACCAAGAUGGUGCUCUACUUCACCGGCGCCACCAACAUCCUCUACACCUUCGGAGGCCACGCUGUCACUGUUGAGAUCAUGCACGCCAUGUGGAAGCCGCAGAAGUUCAAGCUCAUCUACCUCAUGGCCACGCUCUACGUGCUGACGCUGACGCUGCCGUCCGCGUCCGCCAUGUACUGGGCCUUCGGCGACGCCCUUCUCGACCACUCCAACGCCUUCUCCCUCCUCCCGCGCACGCCCUUCCGCGACGCCGCCGUCGUCCUCAUGCUCAUCCACCAGUUCAUCACCUUCGGCUUCGCCUGCACGCCGCUCUACUUCGUCUGGGAGAAGGCCAUCGGCGUGCACGGCGACCGCACCGGCGUCUUCCGCAGGGCGGCGGCGCGGCUCCCCGUCGUGGCGCCCAUCUGGUUCCUGGCCGUCGUCUUCCCCUUCUUCGGCCCCAUCAACUCCACCGUGGGGUCCCUCCUCGUCAGCUUCACCGUGUACAUCAUCCCCGCCGCGGCGCACAUGGCCGUCUUCGCGGCGCCGGCGGCCAGGGAGGGCGCCGUGGAGCGGCCGCCGCGGGGACUCGGGGGGUGGGCCGGGAUGUACGCCGCCAACUGCUUCGUGGUGGCGUGGGUGCUCGUCGUCGGCUUCGGGUUCGGCGGCUGGGCCAGCACCGUCAACUUUGUGCGCCAGGUCAACACCUUCGGACUCUUCACCAAGUGCUACCAGUGCCCUCCAAGGCACUAAUUACCUAGCUUUUUAAUCUUUAAUCUUGAUUAAUCACCUACCCAUAUAAGUAGCAAACUGAAUUUAAAAGAUUAUUCAACAUGCCUAGUUAGUUUCUUCUUGAGAGAAGAAACUUUAGUUAAUCUCUCACAAAGAAAAAUCAAAUCGGAGCUUGUUUUUGAAUUUUGAUCGUGUCCUGUUGUGUUUUGUGUGUUUGUGCGCGCCAUGUUUGUAAUUCUUGUAAUUAUCAGUUCAUGAGAACUGUAUGCAUGUGUAUAUAAUGUAUGUAUCUCAAGAUCAGUGAUAUAUCAAUCUUUGUA